AUGUCAACAUCGACAACAACAACAAAUAGUAAUAAGAGGAAGAAGUCAGAGAAGACUACUACUCCUGUUACAACACAACAUGAACAUGAACAUGAUCAUGAUGAGGAGGAAGAGGAACAGUCGAUGGACUUGGAAACACUGAAACAACAGUUUAUGGCAUUGGAAUCAAUGGUAUCAGAAUCGGAUAGGAUCAAGUUUAUUAGUUUUGUUUGUGAACAUCUAGAUAUCAAUAUACAAGAUACCGAUCAUAAUCCAUUCGAUGAUGAAUCACAAGAGGAUGCUAUAAUGGCCACCAUCGUACAAGACAUCAAAGAUGUACUUCCAUCAAUCAACGCACUAUCAGCAUCAGAGAAUGACAAAAUAGUUAUACCAAACAAUGACAGUUUCAAGGGAUACACCAAAGAGAACACAAUCAAUGUUGACAGCUUCUUAUACACUGACGAGGACAUUGAUGAGCUGGUAGAGUCUGGCAAGCUCAAGGAUCACUACUGUCUCGAUUGUUCAUCGACCAACGUCACUCAGAUGAUUCAACUAAAGUAUAUAUUCAGUGAGGAGGUACUCGGGGAUUUGAAGGACAAGGUUAUGCUGGACAUUGGAUCACGUCUUGGUGCUGUUCUAUACGCUGGAUUCUUGUAUAGUGGUGCCAAACAGUUGGUUGGAAUCGAGAUUGAUGAUGAGUUGGUGUCUGGCGCCGACGUGAUCUUUAUCAACAAUGCAUUGGAGUUCUUUGAAGCGGACAUUAGCAAGCACGUGGCAUUCUGGCGUCGACUGAGGGAGCUGACCGAGGGGCGCAAGGGUGUGCGAUUCGUCACGAUCCCCGCCAUCCAAGACACAUUCAAGAACAACAAGCUCGGACUUUCAAUCAAGGGUUGGCUGCGAGAGGUCCACCUUCACAUGCCAAGCCAUCAGGACGACAAGGACUUUGAGGACUACAAGGAGAUACAUCUUUAUGAAGUGAUUGGCACUGGUGCUGGCGCGGCUACUGGCAACACAUCCAAGCAACAGCAGACAAAGAAGAAGACUAAGUAA